AUGAUUUCAGCUUUGACUAGAAGACUUUUGAGAGAUUGGAAGCGACUUAACCAUCAAUACGAGCCGGCAUAUCAUGUCAAGCCUUUUGAUGCUGAUCUUCAUAUAUGGAACUUUGUUUUAACGGGAAAAGACGGAGAGAUCGAUGCAGAGGUGUUCGGCAUGAUUUACAUUGGUGGUGACGAGCUAAAUCCGGUGAUUGUGAUGCGAUGUUCGACACCUAACGAAACUUUUCCCUUGAACCGAAACGUCAGUCUUACACACCUCGGGUCUGUUGUAUUGAUUAGCGGACUUACCGGGCUACUUGAACACGUCAAGCAGCGGGUGUGGAGUCGUAUGAACCUGUCCACAGAGCCCGGGGUGUUCGACUGGCGGCUCACGAGAGCUUGGAAUCGGGUUAUGGUGAAAGAUUUCAAGCAGGUAUUUCCGGAUUUAGCGUCAGAGUUCCCAGUUUCUGAGACCGAAACCUUGUUAGUACAGCAGUGGAGUGAUUGCAACGCGAGACGUGAGCCUCGACCUGCUCCAAAAUUCAAAUUUCAAAAUUUUACGCCGGCUACGACGCUGGCGUGCGAUUCUAACGACAACCAGCAUAUGAAAAGGCAGCGCACGGGCGCAGAAGAACACAAGGGGAUGGAGAGAUUGUGGAAUUUAGACGAUUGUGAGCCUGAGUUGCAAAGGAAAAAGCGACAAGGCUAA